AUGCCGGCAGGUCCAGUGCCGCAAUGUCUUCAGCAAACUCCCAAUUUAAGUUACGAGGAGCUUCUUAGUAUAAAAAUGGAGAACUUGAACCGAUCACUUAAAACCUUCUUCUCGAAACCUCUAGUUCUAUCAUCAGCUAGUAUGCAAUGGGUGUUUGACAUAGAAAAUAAAAGGUAUCUGGACUUUCACGGUGGAUUCGUUGUCAUAUCAGUGGGACAUUGUCAUCCAAGACUGCGCGCGGUGCUGAGAGAUCAGAUUGAGACACUAUGGCACGCACCCUCUAGUUAUACCCAUCCUCAGAUCAUAACUUAUGCUCAGAAGUUAGCCGCAAAGCUCCCGGACCCGUUGAAGGUAGUUUACUUCGUCAAUUCGGGCUCUGAGGCGGUUGACAUGGCUAUGCUUUUGGCACGUCUUGCCAGUGGAAACUCAGAUAUAGUGGCGCUGAGAAACGCGUACCAUGGAACCAGCAUGGGAGCUUUGGGGUUGAUGGCCGUUCCAACAUGGAACUACAACGUACCAAACAGGCAUAAUAUCGUGCACCUGGGAAUGAAAGUUGAUCCUUAUCAAGGACAUUACGGGGGGCAAAACUGUCGUGAUAGCAUGUCUCAAGUAGUAGGACGGCCUUGUGAUUGCAGUGAAGAUCAGUGCAAGGCAUCGCAAUUGUAUGUUAAGGAGUUUCAAGACACUGUUUCCUACAUGACAAGCGAAAAGAUUGCAGGGUUCAUCGUUGAAUCAAUCCAUGGAAGCGUGACUUCGACGAAAACAUCGUUAUCAGCUUUUGAUGACAAACGCUACAUCCUCGAUGAUGGUCAGCAGACUCUUCCCUACGGUCACAAAAACAUCGUGGGUCAAACUGUGAUUGGCAUUGAUGAUAGUGAUGACAAUACAGCCGCUGUUAAUUCUGACCCAACUGACAAUGACGAUUUGGAAAACUGGAUGCCAUUUUUUGAAGAUCGUCAACAGCCAGUGUCGUGGGAUUCUUUGGAACUCAAUUAA